GCAGCAGACGCAGUAGCAUAGACAUCGGAUCAACACUUUCGUCGCUUUCGUUGUUUAGGCCUACCUGGUGUGUUCGUCUGUCCGUAGGACUUUACUGUGCGCAGAGGGGCGUCGGCCUGUGCCUUUCGCCAGAAUGUCCCUGUUCGGUUCGUUAAUGAGAGAUCUGGACAACGACCCAUUCUUUGGAGGUCCAAUGGAGACUAUGCGACAGAUGGAAGCCAUGAUGGACAACAUGAUGUCCCCCUUUGCACCCAUGAUAGGUGGAUUUCCAGCCAUCGGUGGUCCCAUGAGGCAUGCUCAACAUGCCAUGGCUCCCUUUGGAGGGUUUGGGAGGAGCCUCUUUCCAAACGUAGACGACAUGUUCGCAAAUUUUGGACGUAUUGCACAGGAUCCCAACUGCCACUCCUACACAUCAUCAUCAGUCAUGACUAUGACGACUGACGAGCACGGGCGGCCGCAGGUCUAUCAGGCUUCAAAUUCGACGCGCAUGGCUCCUGGUGGUGUGAAGGAGACUCGACGGUCGCUACAGGACUCCAGAUCUGGGGUUCAAGAAAUGGCCAUUGGACACCACAUAGGCGAGAGGGCACACAUCAUCGGACGCAAGCGCAACAGGCGCACCGGAGAAGAGGACGAGAAUGUAGAAUUCAUCAACCUAGAUGAAGAUGAAGCGCACACUUUCAACCAAGAGUGGCAGCAGAGGGUUAGGGCAUCGUCGUCUCAUCAGCCGUACCAGUCUCUUCCCUACCAGAGGCCUCCGUACCGGGAGGACCAGCUUGCUAUUAUGGCAGGCCCAAGACACGACGUGAGGGAAGACGGCGCGAACGUUGACGCGCGCCAGGAGCCCCGUCCGAAGCGGAAAUCCAAAGCCAAGCACCAGCGGCCUCGUCACGAGACCAGCAUGUGAAGUCACUUAGCUUCGUUGUUGUUCGGGAGCCUAACACCAUUCCUUGGCGCUGCGUGCUGCAGGGGGAGCGCCUUUCGGCAUUGCCCCCUGGCGCGCAUUUUAAUCAUUUCGUGCUCCCCCCACCCACCUUGAAUACCUUCCCCCCCUUCCCGCCGUGGUUUGAAAGAGCAUUUCCAGGUUCUCCACCGGCAGAAAUGUCUGUGCGCAUGUUGGGUUUGUAGUAAAAUUAUGCUACAUUCGAGCGUAUCUGUUUAUUGAGUUGAAAGUGUACGUCCGGUUGCGAGAAUUUUAACAUUCAUACUAAUACCCUUGUCACACGGGCAGCCUUCAAUGCCCAUUCAGACCAAUGGCCAUUGAAAAUGCACGUAGCGCCCUCAAGUGUGUAAAGUGUCAACCUGUCAGCGAGCAUUGGAUCUAAUGCUCUUUGAGAAGUUGACAGGUUACACGCCUGAUGGCGCCACAUGCACGCUCAAUGGCCAUUUGGUUUCAAUCACCAUUGAAGUCUUGCCAUGUGACAUGGGCGUUAGACGUGAAAGGAACACCCCAUAGGACUUGGGCAAGGGAAUGUAAACUGAAACCGAUUUGAAAGGCAAGCGCUCUCUAUUGAAACUUCAUACUUGCAUACGCGAUGGAAAAGUUGUCGGAGGGAAAUGAUUUUUAAUCGACAACAAAAAUAAUCGAAAUGUGCCGGGUCGGUCUGUAGUGAUGUACCUGGGGUUCAACUUUGCAUUUAUCUAUCAAUUAAAUUUUUUGUUAAAACUUUUGCUUGAGGCAAUCGAUCCUCGAUGGCGGCUGUAACCUAAAUACGGCCGAGUUUUGGAGUGACGUUUCAUUGAGCGCAUUGUCACGAACUACAUGCCACCAAUGAGAUUGAAGCUAGUGAAUCACUCCUGAACAAAGUGCUCAAAACAUGUUUUGGUUUUUCUGUGACAGGUUCCGAGUUCCUUGUUUAAUCCUUUCUCGUUUGAGAAAGGGGCGUACGCCACCCGUAUUACGUGUCAGUCAGCUUGUCCUUUGGCUUGUAAAUAUGCAAGGCAUGGAAAGUGUACCAAUCUGAUCAUUUAGAAGAGAGAGACCUGUCCCACACGUCUGUGACUCCCAGUUAUAUAUCCCCAAUAAAGAGGAACGUGUAUCCUUCAACUGGAGCAUUCGCAAGAUGCUUCAAUGUACCUUACGAACAUUAUGACUCUUAUCUAUUCCACGGACCGCACGCAGGGCCCCAAUUACACCACCGGUACAGCUUUGUUUGCAAUAGUUUGUGGUGUAGAACAGUUGUUGACUCAGCGUGACACGGUACAUGCCAUUGUAACCAGAUGAUGAAUAAAUGCAUGUUACAUGUUUACCCA